GAACUUAACCAUUUGAGAAGAUCAAAUGUAUUAAGAAAAAAGAUUGUGUAUAAACUCUUCGGAUUCAUUAUCUGAUCGAAGCCAUUCAUGUAAUAUGUCAAAUACUAAACCAACAACAAUGGAAUGUGAUACACCCAAGGAUACAUUUUUAUCCCACUUAGCUAAAUUCUUAUCCGAGGUGAACAAAAAUGGGACUAAAAUACACAUAGACGCAAUGUCACUUAUAGAGUUUACAUUUAUGAAAAUACACCAUGAUCAAUUCCCAAGGGAAAUAUUUUCUGAGUGUCACGUCGUGGGUUCAGCUGGAGAAGGCAUAACAGGUUUAGAUAUUUUUACAAACAAUUCCAUAUAUAGAUGCCAUGCUUGUGAUGAAGACAAUGACUGUGAUUGAAAGACAUCCAGGAACACCAAAUGAAAAAUGCAAACUACUUUUAAGGAUGAAUAACACUGAUACAAUUCCUGGUUAUGUUAAACUGAAAUACUAAAAACUGAAACUGGUGAAAAUACUAGUAAUAGGAAGGCUGAAGAUGAAUUCCUUCCUAACACACUAUUUCGAGACUCUUUUCAAAGGCAUGGAAACCCAUGUAAUGCCAAGCUUCUAAGCCAAAUGAUGGAACUUCUUGGAAUUCCUGGAGAUAGAAUAAAAGUUAACUACUUUGUCAAUGGUCCAUCUUGUUCAGCGAAUGUUGAAACAAAAGAUCGAAAUAUACUAACGAGAAAAUUAGUAUGGAUGGAGUCUGUAGACUCUGUUAUAGGACUAAAAUGUAACGAAUGGCCUGAAAUAGCUGAAGAAUGGAUUGAAAGAAGCAGAGAGUACAACUGGCCUUCAGGAGACCUCAUAGAAAAAGCAAUCUCUUUAGGAUGCUAUGUGGUCCCUAUCGGUGGUCGUCAAAGUAUUUCGAAAGACUUCGAAUGGUGCAUAUCUUUUGUUCUAGCAGAAAGACUUCUGAUUCGAAAUAUGAAUUCUAUUCAACGUUUCAUUUAUUCUGUUCUAAAAUCGAUCAGGAAGGAGAUAUUUGGGGAGUUUUCCGUUAUAAUUUCAUCUUACAUAAUUAAAACAAUUAUACUUUGGGUAAUGGAAGAAAACGAUACGUCCUCUCUUCAACCGAAGAAUGUAAUAGAAUAUGUCCAAGAAUGUUUUCAAAAAUUGUUGGAAUUCUUAAAAGACGAUUUUUGUCCAAAUUACUUUAUGAGAAAAUGUAAUUUGUUCCAUCUAAAAUAUUCUGAAAAUGAGAAAAGUGACCUUAGUAGUUUAGUAAGAGAUUUUGUAUUGUCUCCAAAUUUUCCGGAAAUCUUGUGUUUUUUACAACCAAUAGGAAAUCUUCGACGUAGCCUAUGCAGCGUAUGUCAAUUAUCCGGACUAACUGGUAGCAUUUUUAAUUUUGGAAGAGAACUUUUCGACACUUUACUAUUUAAAUAUCAAUUAGAAGAACCAAUCAAUCGUUUUGUAGACAGCAUCGUUAAUGGUUCAGAAGAGUCUGAUGCUAAUGUUGCUGUUAAAUCAAUUAAUGUGAUAUUGGAAACUCUGAAAGCAAACAGGGAUAAUUUUUCACCCCUUCUGCAGGAGACACUAACUGGAGUUUUGUCUUGCAUGCAGAUCCGCGCUGUAUGCGCCGCAUCUUUUCAUAAGAUGCAGACUUCAUCUGAGCCUUUUUCACUUGAAGAAAGAUUUAAUGUUGUUAAUUAUUUAAUUAAAAGUGCGAACUUGAAGGUAGAAAAUCUGAGUGUCAGUGAAGUUGCACAGCUAGCCCAUGUAUUCUUUUCAUUUGGAUGUAUUCAAGACUGUUUGCAUCUGUUUAUGUUGACGCUGGAUAGUUUAAAAUCAACAUCUCAUAUCAAAGUGGACAAUGUUAUGUCAAUAUUUGACGUUGCAGCCUCAUUUUUAUUCCAUUUUCAAGAAAAUAAAGCUGAAAAUUGGCUGUGUCGACCAGUAAUACUUACUAAACUUUACCCUUUUGAAUUUCCUAUGCUGACAAAGGAUAUUCAGGUCGAAAUGCAGGCACUGAAAAUACAACAAAAUGUUUAUUCAGAAUUGUUAAAACGUAAAUUAACUUUCAAAGUCACACUUGAUCCUCUUGUUUACAUUUGUUACAUGAAAUUCAAAUGUCAUCGCUUGUUAGAAGACAACAUAGGGUCAUGUUUUACCUUAAAAGAGUUUGGAGAUAUCGUACACAAAAAAGUAUCUCAUCGGUCUAUUGCGUUGAGUCUUCUUGGGUGCUGCUUAAAAGAAAAUGGACGUGUGGAAGAAGCCAUUUUAAUGUUUUAUCGGUCUUUCUUGAGGACAAGGAGAGAUUGGCAACACUCUACCAUGUGGCAAUAAUGCUUAAAGAUGAAUUCGCUAAAUAAGUUAAUUUUUUGGACUUUUCAUGUCCAUCCCUGAAAGGUUAUUAGUCUGAAUUGUACAUGCAAUACCUGUGAAACAAAUAAGUCGAUGAAAACCAUUAAGGAAUGGUUAAAGGAUAUUCUAUUGGUUAAAAAAUAAAAAGUAGAACUGUUAUUGGUGUAAGAUUAUUUUUUAUACACUCCUCCUCACUUCUCCAUGCCCAUGGCACCUGAUCCCACCUAUGAUGUUUUGGAUGCGGAUCCUUAUUUGCACUGCUCCUAUUUUGUAUGGUUAAAUGGACUUUUGAGCUUGAAUACUGUUUGUUAUCUCCAGAUAUUGCAAACAGCAAUAAUAAUGAAAUUACUAACUACUUGGAAGAGUGUGCAAUGUAGAUUAAUUUUAUAUCAUU